GCUCAGACUAGGGCGGGCGCUCGGGCUGCGCGGGCUCUGGGCAGCAGCAGCAGCAGCAGCAGCAUCCUCUCUUCCUUUACUUCCCUUCCGCUUCUUUCUCUUCCUUCUCCUUCUUUUUCCCCCCCUCCCCUUUCUUCCCCUAACCCGUCCACCCCUCUGCUUCUUCUCCGGAGGGCGCUAAGUCCGUCAGCGGUGGCAGUCGCGACCGCGGGUGCAUCCAGUUUCUGCGCCCAGAUUAAGAUAAAGAAUCUGAAAUAACAGUUACAGUAGAAGAUAACACCACCCCCUGCUCAAUAUUAUCCUUCUUAAUGCUAAAAGUAGUCACUUUAGAUUUUAUUGACCUAAUCCAAAGUAUCUUAUAACUUCUGGCUGGAAUUAAGAUUCUUCAGCUUGUUGUCCCUAACCGAGGAAGCAUUGAUUGGGAACUACUCAUUCAGAAAAUUAAAAGAAAGAAGCUAGAAAAUAUUAUCAACCCUUUGAGAACACGACAUAACGAACUUUGUAUUUUACUACUUCCUUGAAUAGGAGAAGUAACAAGGCAUUGAAGAAUGGCAGAUGAACGGAAAGAGGAAGCAAAGGCGCCUCACUGGACCUCAGCACAGCUAACAGAGGCAUCUGCACACUCACACCCACCUGAGAUUAAGGAUCAAGGCGGAGCAGGGGAAGGACUUGUCCGAAGUGCCAAUGGAUUCCCAUACAGGGAGGAUGAAGAGGGCGCCUUUGGAGAGCAUGGGUCACAGGGCACCUAUUCAAAUACCAAAGAGAAUGGGAUCAACGGAGAGCUGACCUCAGCUGACAGAGAAACAGCAGCUGGACACUUAAAAUUAGAAGCAAAAUUUUCCAAGGAGGUGUCUGCAAGGAUAGUUCAAGUAGUCACUGCUGAGGCUGUAGCGGUCCUGAAAGGUGAACAAGAGAAAGAAGCUCAGCAUAAAGACCAGACUGCAGCUCUGCCUUUAGCAGCUGAAGAAACAGCUAAUCUGCCUCCUUCUCCACCCCCAUCACCUGCCUCAGAACAGACUGUCACAGUGGAGGAAGAAGAAGAAACGCUAGAGAGUCGGAUGGCUGAGGAAGAGAAACCUGCUGCUCUUCCUGAGAAAGAGUAUGGGACUGCUAAGUACUCAGAGCAACCCACAGGCCUCAGUAAGGGCCAAGUGGAGUCUAGUGUGGAGGCGCAAAUAGAUCCUGAAGAAAGUGCCCCAGCAGGGGCCCCACAUAAGAAAAGUGUAAAAGAGGUCAAGGAGGUGUCUCCAGAAGUAAAAACCCCUUCCUCUGCCGGGGAAGAUUUACUUACAGCCUCGAAGAUGGAGUUCCAUGAUCAGCAGGAAUUGACUCCCUCUGCAGCUGAGCCUUUAGACAAGAAGGAAAAGGAGUCAGAGAAGCAAAGUAAGCCUGGUGAAGACCUUAAACAUGCUGCCUUAGUUUCUCAACCAGAGACAACUAAACCUUAUCCUGAUGAAAAGGACAUGCAAGGCACAGAAGAAGAAAAGGCACCCCUAGCUUUGUUUGGGCACACUCUUGUUGCCAACCUGGAAGACAUGAAACAGAAGACAGAACCAAGCCUUGUAGUACCUGGCAUUGACCUCCCUAAAGAGCCUCUAACUCCAAAAGAACAAAAAGACUGGUUCAUCGAAAUGCCGACAGAAGCAAAAAAGGAUGAGUGGGGUUUAGUUGCUCCAGUAUCUCCUGGCCCGCUGACUCCCAUGAGGGAAAAAGACGUAUUUGAUGAUAUUCCAAAAUGGGAAGGGAAACAAUUUGAUUCUCCCAUGCCAAGUCCCUUUCAAGGUGGAAGCUUCACUCUUCCUUUAGAUGUCAUGAAGAGUGAAAUAGUUACAGAAACAUCACCCUUCGCCCCUGCCUUUUUACAGCCAGAUGACAAAAAAUCUCUGCAACAAACCAGUGGCCCAGCUACUGCCAAAGAUAGUUCUGAAAUUGAAGAGCCCCAUAAGGAUAAACCUGACAAAAUGGCAGAAGUACCACCCUCAGAGGCAAUGACUUUACCCAAAGAUACUCACAUUCCAGUUGUAGAAGAACAUGUUAUGGGAAAAGUCUUAGAGGAAGAAAAGGAGGCCAUAAAACAGACUAUGCAGCAAAAAGAUAUUUUCACCCCCAGUGGACAGGAACCUACACUUACUGAAAAGGAACCUGAGCUGAAGCUUGAAGAAAAAAUCACCAUUUCUGACAAAGAAGCGGUUCCAAAAGAGACUAGACCCCCAAAACUUGCAGAUGAAGAAACAGGCAUAAUCCAGACCUCCACAGAGCACACUUUCUCAGAACAGAAAGGCCACGAGCCUACCACAGAUAUGUUGAAACAGGACUCAUUCCCUGUAAGUUUGGAGCAAGCAGUUACAGAUUCAGCUGUGACCUCUAAAACACUGGAGAAAGCCAUGACUGAACCAUCUGCAUUAAUUGAAAAAAGCUCAAUUCAGGAACUUUUUGAUAUGAGAGUCGAUGACAAAGAUAAGAUUGAAGGAGUUGGAGCUGCAACAUCAGCUGAACUUGACAUGCCAUUUUAUGAAGAUAAAUCAGGAAUGUCCAAGUAUUUUGAAACAUCUGCCUUGAAAGAAGAAGCAACAAAAAGCAUUCAGCCAGGCAGUGAUUACUAUGAACUGAGUGACACUAGAGAAAGUGUCCAUGAGUCUAUUGAUACCAUGUCUCCCAUGCAUAAAAAUGGUGACAAGGAAUUUCAAACAGGAAAAGAAUCCCAGCCCAGUCCUCCAGCACAGGAAGCAGGUUACAGCACUCUUGCACAGACUUAUCCAUCUGACUUACCUGAAGAACCCAGUUCUCCUCAAGAAAGAAUGUUCACUAUUGAUCCAAAAGUGUAUGGAGAGAAAAGGGACCUCCACAGUAAGAAUAAGGAUGAUUUGACCCUUAGCAGGAGUUUAGGACUUGGUGGUCGGUCUGCAAUCGAACAAAGAAGCAUGUCAAUCAAUUUGCCCAUGUCUUGCCUAGAUUCCAUAGCCCUUGGAUUUAACUUUGGUCGGGGACAUGAUCUUUCUCCUCUGGCUUCCGAUAUUCUAACCAACACUAGUGGAAGUAUGGAUGAAGGGGAUGAUUACCUUCCAGCCACCACACCUGCACUGGAGAAAGCCCCUUGCUUCCCUGUAGAAGGCAAAGAGGAAGAACAGAUGGAGAAAGUAAAAGUUACUGGAGAAGAAAAUACUCAAGUGGAGACAACAUGUGAGUCUCCUUUCCUAGCCAAAGACUUUUACAAAAAUGGUACUGUCAUGGCACCUGACCUGCCUGAAAUGCUAGAUCUGGCAGGCACAAGGUCAAGAUUGGCUUCUGUGAGUGCAGAUGCUGAGGUCGCCAGGAGGAAAUCAGUCCCAUCAGAGACUGUGGUUGAGGAUAGUCGUACUGGCUUACCCCCAGUAACUGAUGAAAACCAUGUCAUUGCAAAAACAGACAGUCAGCUCGAAGACCUGGGCUACUGUGUGUUCAAUAAAUACACGGUCCCAUUGCCAUCACCUGUUCAAGACAGUGAGAACUUAUCAGGGGAGAGUGGUUCCUUUUAUGAAGGCACUGAUGAUAAAGUUCGAAGAGAUUUGGCCACAGACCUUUCAUUGAUUGAAGUGAAACUGGCAGCAGCUGGAAGAGUCAAAGAUGAGUUCAGUGUAGACAAAGAAGCAUCCCUGCCUAUCUCUGGUGACAAAUCAGGACUGAGUAAGGAGUUUGACCAAGAGAGGAAAGCUAGUGAUAGGCUGGAUACUGUACUAGAAAAGAGUGAAGAACAUGCUGAUUCAAAAGAACAUGCCAAGAAAACUGAAGAGGCUGGUGAUAAAGUGGAAACAUUUGGAUUAGGAGUAACCUACGAACAAGCUUUGGCCAAAGAUUUGUCAAUACCAACAGAUGCAUCCUCUGAGAAGGCAGCAAAGGGUCUUAGUUCAGUGCCAGAGGUAGCUGAGGUAGAACCAUCAAAAAAAGCAGAACAAGGUCUGGAUUUUGCUGCCAACAAGGCUGUCCAGGGUCAAAUAGAUGUUAAAAUUAGUGACUUUGGACAGAUGGCUUCAGGGCUAAACAUAGAUGCUAGAAGGGCAACAGAGCUAAAACUUGAGGCUACACAGGACAUGACUCCCUCAUCCAAAGCACCACAGGAGGCAGAUGCAUUUAUGGGUGUUGAGCCUGGCCACAUGAAAGAAGGCACCAAAGUUAGUGAGACAGAAGUCAAAGAGAAAGUGGCAAAGCCUGACUUGGUGCACCAGGAGGCUGUAGACAAGGAGGAGUCCUAUGAGUCUAGUGGUGAGCAUGAAAGUCUCACCAUGGAGUCCCUGAAAGCUGAUGAGGGCAAGAAGGAAACAUCUCCCGAAUCAUCUCUAAUUCAAGAUGAGAUUGCCAUCAAAUUGUCAGUGGAAAUACCUUGCCCACCUACUGUUUCAGAGGCUGAUUUAGCUACAGAUGAGAGAGCUGAUGUCCAGAUGGAAUUUAUUCAAGGGCCAAAAGAAGAAAGCAAAGAGACCCCAGAUAUAUCCAUCACACCUUCUGAUGUUGCAGAGCCAGUGCAUGAAGCAAUCGUAUCUGAACCAGCAGAGGUUCAGAGUGAGGAAGAAGAGAUAGAAGCCCAGGGAGAAUAUGAUAAACUGCUCUUCCGCUCAGAUACCCUUCAGAUUACUGACUUGGGUGCCUCAGGUGCCAGGGAGGAAUUUGUGGAGACCUGCCCAGGUGAACACAAAGGAGUGAUUGAGUCCGUUGUGACCAUCGAGGAUGAUUUCAUCACUGUAGUGCAAACCACAACUGAUGAAGGGGAGUCAGGGUCCCACAGUGUGCGUUUUGCAGCCCUAGACCAGCCUGAGGUGGAAAGGAGACCAUCCCCUCAUGACGAAGAAGAGUUCGAAGUAGAAGAGGCAGCUGAAGCCCAGGCAGAACCCAAAGAUGGUUCUCCGGAAGCUCCAGCUUCCCCUGAGAGAGAAGAGGUUGCACUUUCUGAAUAUAAGACAGAAACCUAUGACGAUUACAAAGACGAGACCACCAUUGAUGACUCCAUCAUGGAUGCUGACAGCCUCUGGGUGGACACUCAAGAUGAUGAUAGGAGCAUCAUGACAGAACAGUUAGAAACUAUUCCUAAAGAGGAGAAAGCUGAAAAGGAAGCUCGGAGAUCAUCUCUUGAGAAACAUAGAAAAGAAAAGCCUUUUAAAACUGGGAGAGGCAGAAUUUCCACUCCUGAAAGAAAAGUAGCUAAAAAGGAACCUAGCACAGUCUCCAGAGAUGAAGUGAGAAGGAAAAAAGCAGUUUAUAAGAAGGCUGAACUUGCUAAAAAAACAGAAGUUCAGGCCCACUCUCCCUCCAGGAAAUUCAUUUUAAAACCUGCUAUCAAAUAUACUAGACCAACUCAUCUCUCCUGUGUUAAGCGGAAAACCACAGCAGCAGGUGGGGAAUCAGCUGUGGCUCCCAGUGUAUUUAAACAGGCAAAGGACAAAGUCUCUGUUGUCCCUGUGCAGGCUUGUUACAAGGGUAUAUUACGCGAUGCUGAGAAUUCUACCUUGUCAAAGAUUCCUGCUUUACAGGGUAGCACAAAGUCCCCAAGAUACAGCUCAGCCUGCCCUAGCACGACUAAAAGGGCUACAUUUUCUGACAGUUUAUUAAUACAGUCCACCUCAGCAGGCUCCACAGACCGUUUGCCAUACUCAAAAUCAGGGAACAAGGAUGGAGUAACCAAGAGCCCAGAAAAGCGCUCUUCUCUCCCAAGACCGUCCUCCAUUCUUCCUCCUCGCCGAGGUGUUUCAGGAGACAGAGAUGAGAAUUCCUUCUCUCUCAACAGUUCUAUCUCUUCUUCAGCACGACGGACCACCAGGUCAGAGCCAAUUCGCAGAGCAGGAAAAAGUGGUACCUCAACACCCACUACCCCUGGGUCUACUGCCAUCACUCCUGGCACCCCACCAAGUUAUUCUUCACGCACACCGGGCACUCCUGGAACCCCUAGCUAUCCCAGGACCCCUCAUACACCAGGAACCCCCAAGUCUGCCAUCUUGGUGCCGAGUGAGAAGAAGGUCGCCAUCAUACGUACUCCUCCAAAAUCUCCCGCGACUCCCAAGCAGCUUCGGCUUAUUAACCAACCACUGCCAGACCUGAAGAAUGUCAAAUCCAAAAUUGGAUCAACAGACAACAUCAAAUACCAGCCUAAAGGGGGGCAGGUUAGGAUUUUAAACAAGAAGAUCGAUUUUAGCAAAGUUCAGUCCAGAUGUGGUUCCAAGGAUAACAUCAAACAUUCGGCUGGGGGCGGAAAUGUACAAAUUGUUACCAAGAAAAUAGACCUAAGUCAUGUGACAUCUAAAUGUGGCUCUCUGAAGAACAUCCGCCACAGGCCAGGUGGUGGACGUGUGAAAAUUGAGAGUGUGAAACUAGAUUUCAAAGAAAAGGCCCAAGCUAAAGUCGGUUCUCUUGAUAAUGCUCAUCAUGUACCUGGAGGUGGUAAUGUCAAGAUUGAUAGCCAAAAGUUGAACUUCAGAGAGCAUGCUAAAGCCCGUGUGGACCAUGGGGCUGAGAUCAUUACACAGUCCCCAGGCAGAUCCAGCGUGGCAUCACCCCGGCGACUCAGCAACGUCUCCUCAUCUGGAAGCAUCAACCUGCUCGAAUCUCCUCAGCUUGCCACUUUGGCUGAGGAUGUCACUGCUGCACUCGCUAAGCAGGGCUUGUGAAUAUUUCUCAUUUAGCAUUGAAGUAAUAAUAUUUAGGCAUGAGCUCUUGGCAGGAGUGGGCUCUGAGCAGGUGUUAUAUUCAUUCUUUAUAAACCAUAAAAUAAAUAAUCUCGUCCCCAAACUGUAGUAAUUGUUACAAUUUUAUAUUUAAAAAAAUGAAUAGUACAUGCAGAAAUUGACCUGAUUUCCAUUUGCAACAGGAAGACACUGGCUUUACAUGGGUUCAAUUGGACAAUUACUUUUGCUCUGCUCUCUUUUGCAUGGAGUAUUAUUAUUUUAAAAAUUGCAUUUUUACCUUUCAUGUGCCUGAAGGCUAUCCACUACAUUCCGAAGGCCUUGUUAAAAUCCAAGCUGCUCAUUUCACUAUUCUGUUUCUGAGUGAGAAGAUGAAAAACUGCCCAUUGUAACUUAUUUCAGGUUAAAUUAAACCAAGGAGUCUGAUUGCAGGAAGGGAAGAGCAUGUAAGAAAUAAGUUUUUUUAAAGUGUUAUUUUGUAUAAAUGGGAAGAAAGAUUCAAUUAAGUUAUUAACAUUUGGGACCUGGAUAAUUAUAUCAGAGUAUGUCAAUCCAAUAAAUUAUUUAACUAACUAAAAAAUAGUUGCAAAGCAUUUGAGCUGUGUUUGAGGAAGUGAUAUAAAAGUGCAUCCCUUAAGAAUGAUGCACUUUCAUUAGGAUGGACUCGUGUCUGAUUAGAAUGUCAGUUGAUCAGCUAGAUUUGUGUCCACACUACCAGUUUCACACCCCCUUUCCGUCUGUUUGAUACAGUAUUAUAGAUAUAAAUAUAUAUAUAUAUUUCUCUGUGGCCAUUUGUGAUACUUCCUCAUAUACUUGAAUAUUAUACUUCUUUAUUCACAGUAUCUGUGUCUCCUGCACCCUUUGGUGUUGCAAUUUUAGGUAUGUGAAAGUAGAUGUUAGCAGGGUUCUCUCCCUAUUAAAAAAAAUACAUUAAAAAAGACAAAAAAUUUUAGCAUGAAGUUGCUUUCUGUAACAACUCAAAGCCGUAACCCUGUUUUAGUGCCAGAUAUAAGUCUCUCCCGUGAUGCUAGAAAAAAUUAUUUUUCUUUGCUUUCACCAACAUGGAGUUUGUGGGGGUGGGUCCAGUUAUACAUGAAAGGGUUUACAGAUUGUUGGUUUGAGAUUAUGGAUUUAUUUCAUUUUUAAUCACAGAAUAGUUUGGGUUUUAUUCCUAUUAUUAUUCACAAAACCAACUUAAGAUCUUUUCUUUAUUUUUCUUUUUUUUCCAUUUGCUAAAGUUGAAAGUUGAAACUAACAGUAAGUUUGAAAUAUGUUUUCUCAUUUUUCCAAAUAGUAUCUGUUAUUAAAUUCUCUAAUAGAAUAUGUUUGUCUUUCUUACCCAAAGUAAAGUUUCCCUAAUCAGAAAGAAAAAAAUACAACACUUUGAGACACUAUAUCUAAAAAACACUUGAGACACAGGUAUCUAAAUCAGUUUUUUUCCAAGACUCUAACAUUACAUUCUGUAAAGUGACACAAUGUGAUCUAGUAUUAUUUAUCUGUAGAUAAUAGUGUUCUGACUGUAUGUACAGUCUAGAAAUCACAAAUCAAUUAAUUCCUCUCACAAAUCAUUCAUUUUAGACUUACAAAUAAGCAAUGAAAUAGUCAAUGGCCUGAUUAAAGCCAAGAGCUACCAGGCUGGAUGGACACAUUUUAGUAUUUCAUCUGUUCUUUUUCUUGUUCGGGGCUAGCAGGUUGGAUCUAAACCAUUAAAAUCAAAUGGGUCACUAGGCAUGUGAUCUCUCUGAGCCAAAUCAGUUCCUGAAUAUAAAGGAGGAAAUGAUGCAGAUGGACUGAGGCAACGGGGAAGUAUAGAAACAUCUAUGACAAAAGCCAAGGGAUGCAAAGACAGGGAUACAGGUGCUUUUUUGGUGACCAAGUGGAUAUGGCAACCAAUGUAACUCCCAUACAAGAUACCUUAGGAGCAAACCCACACCACUCAUUCUCAGCUAAGAGAUUUUGCGCAGGCAAACAUGUCUUAAACCACUUAUAAAUCUGUUAUUUUAUAUGACAGCCAAAACCUUAGAAGCUAUUGAGUAGGAUCAUAGAUAUGCCUAUUUUCUGCCUAUUAAUUGCUGUGAGGUUUGAUUUGACCAGUCUAGGCAAUUUAUUCAUCAGCCUCCCUUGAAGUGCACCAGAAAAUAGAAGAAAGGUGUGUGGAGACUUAGGGUAUUUUCUUACAUGUUUUGAUAGUCUUAAAUAGUGACUAAAGUUCUCUAGAAAGAAGUUAACAGCUCAUUAGAAAAGUUUUAACCUGUGAAAUAAGUAUUUUUCUCAACAUUUUUUAAAGUUUUUAUAUGUUAACACUAAGUAAACAUUCUACAUACUAAAAUUCAGUUUAUUACAAAUACAUGUCAAAAAUAAAGAUUAUAGGAGGCACCAAACUAUUAGAUUUGGCAUCAAAACAAAUGUUUAUUUCUAAUCACAGCAAAAUUAUAAUGAAUAAAUGUUCUUGUUUUGUAUGGAAUACAAUUCUUGUUUAAAAUUAACAGAAAGGAACUGAUCAUUUGUACCAGUAAGGAGAGAAACACACAGGUUAAAUGUCUUCUUGUGGGGUUAAGGGGUAACACCCAUCUUGCCUUCACUCUCAAGAUAACGACUCAAAUUAAGCUUUCUGAGCACCACUUCUGUGGGGACACACAUACGCUGAUCUAGGAAUGAAAUCUUCAUGGUCUCAGUUCUAGAUCUACUAUGCCAGUUUCUCUUUGGCUUUAGCCUUUGAGAAACUGUAUAAGAAUACAUAAGUAAUCCAGAGCUGUGAAGAGUUAAAAGGCCAACUUCUCCAAUGAACUCAUUCUCUGGGUCACUUGCAACCAAAAAUUGGAUACCUCAUAAUGAUGCAGCAAAGACCCGAGUUCAUGAUGAGUUUCAAAGGCCACGUUCAUUUAGGAACCAACUCUCUCUGGAUUCACCUGCUGAGUUGCAGCAGGGUGAUGGGCUGACAUCCCACCUACAAGCAUGACACCUGUGUAACACCAGCUAGGUAUGGCUGAAGAAGACUGAAGAGAGAAUGUCAUUAAAUGGAAGAAUGUACUGAUCUUAGUGACCUUCUCCACACACACACACACCUACAGUAAUACAGCAAGAGUGGGAUAAUCAGCCAAUACAUAACAUCAUGUCAGUAUUUUAUUAAAGAAAUAAUCUGAAUAUGGUUGAUUUUGACAUAGCUGCAAUUAUAGUUUUCUUCUAUUUUUCAAGCCACAGUAAGGAAAAUAAACUACUCAUGGUCUAAAUAGCAGAGAUAAAGUAGAUUCACGGCUUGGUAAGGAAAUUCUAAGCAUUCCUUCAAAGACUGAUAUACUAAAAUCAGCAUUGAUGUUUUGGUUUUUUUAACACCUAGGAUUUUUAGCUUGGGUGUGUAGGUGAAGGCCAAGACCCUCUGCAGGAAAAAGCGUAUUUUCAAACUCAGAAAAUAAAAUGUCAAUCAUAAAGUCUACUUCAACUUUAGCAAAAAGAAAAAAAAAUCAACAAAAAGUAUACUCUGUAUGCUGGGAUUCCGAGGUUCCAACACACCGUUACAAAUCUGUGGGGGGUUUCUUUCUUCUGAUAAUUCUAGAGCCUGUUACCAUAGAAAGGCAUUUCUUCAAUGGCUGGUUGUAGUUAGUUCAUGUUUUUCAAUCAAAUUUGCAAAUGUAUUUGUUGCUGUAUAGUGAUUGUUUUGCAAAAUAAAAUUGCUUGUCACCUAA